AUGGUGGUAGUUUCCAGUUUGCUGCUCAUUCUGGCAGACCGUACGUUCAACUUCACUUUGACGACCGGAAUCUCCAUUGACGGCGAACUAAUGUCGCCCACAAAAAGUAAUCGUCCUUGCAAGCUCGCCUAUUGUUGGCGGGGUCGAAGCACCGAUUGGACGCGUUCACACCGCCAUGAAAGUAAAGCAGACUGCAAAGCGCCUACUAGUUCCCUGGCACACUGCUGUUGUGUGCCAACUACUGCUCACGUUUCGCCUUGCGAGCCAACACAUUGCUGGCGGUCGGCGACGGCCUACCUGGAGAGGGCUUUCUACCAAGCAAGACGCUUAGCGGUCUGGGCGGGCGUUCGUAGGAGGGCUAACCUGGUUGCGAAGGUGUGUUCCCCGCCAAUCACUGCCCGCGAGCCUGUAUGUUGCUGGCGGUCUGCGUUAGCCCACCUGGAGAGGGGUUCUACUAAGCAAGUGAGGCACGCGGGUGGCUUAUAG